AUGGCCAGCCGCUACGAUUUCGAAGACACGCUGAAGAAGUGUGAAAAGACCCUGGAGCCAUACGCUGAACAUCUCGUCGAUAAGAAGAUGACCGUCAAGAAGUUCAUCUUCACGAUCAGAUACAUCGGGAUGGAAAAGGAGAUCGAUGGGCUGAGGAAACAGAUCAGCGGCCAUUACCAAGCGCUGAACAUGUGCAUUUCCUUUCUGCAAUUGUAA